UGCGGAGCAGAUGGUUCAAGUGUGUUGUGCUGAAUUGUGUAAUGCGUGAAUUGUGUUUAUAGCACGAACUGGCCAUCCGCUCGCAGAAUAUCGCUAUCCUACUAUUUGUGCUGCAAAAUUGUGCAAACAGUAGCAGCCAGGAACAAUUAGUGGUAGUGGUGUGUUGUGAAACGGGCGGCAAUCUUGUGACCUCGUGCGCCACGACAGUGGUGUAACCAGUGUGUCUUGUGCAAGCAGACACCGGUAGCAAAAGGAAAAUCUAGUAACUGGCUAGUAAUUCGACACCGGAAUCAGCAUUAAACCGCGCCGUUUGCAUCCUUGUACAAGAUGGCCCACAGGAUAUUGGGCUGGUUGGCGCUUCUAUCGUGCUACGGUUAUGUCAUAGCAGCCAAAUGGGAGGCUGCGGUGACGACAGACAACGGCAUUCUGUUUUUCGAUUCAAACUGGCAGAAGAUAUCGUCUGCCGCCCAUCAGUACACCCGCCUCUCGGCGUUUGCGUACGACGAGGUGCUCGGCAAGCUGUACUUUAGCGAUCUUAAUGAUCCGGAGUAUCGGGUCUGUGCGUUGGAAUAUGACGAUCAGGGACACGAGAAUCAUAAGGUAACGAAGCUGUUGCCGUAUUCUCCCGAAACCACCGCCAUCGGUGGUAUGGCCUUUGAUCAUCUAGAGAGAAAGCUGUACUGGACGGAGAAAACCACCCACAAGAUUUAUUCCAUCGAGAUCGAUCCCCUGCUAGACGGAGCCGCCCGUCGAAACCAGGGCGAAGGCAAUGUCACUUUCCCCUUGCCGCAAACAGUGGCCACCGUCGAGUUGGAUGAUGAGCUGGCCGGGAUGGCUAUCGACGAGUGCCGACGACACUUGUACUGGACCAACUCCUACUUAAGAAGAUCCAACAUCGUUCGGGCGGCAAUGAAUGGAAGCAUCCUCAAUACGCACGAGAAAGGUGUGUACCAGCCGCGGGGUAUCACGAUCGAUCACUAUCGCAAUCGGCUCUACUGGGUGGAGAAAAAGUACGGCCGACGAUACAACAUCGAGAGUACUGAUCUUGAAAUAACCAAUUUGACAACACUGAUUUCUGACCUCGACCGGCAUCCGGUGGACAUCGCCGUCAGUAACGCGUUCGUGUACUGGACCGAUCAGGAGAACAACGACAUUUACGAAACGGCCAAGAACUCGUCACAGCAAACGCGCAGCGUCUAUCACGGAGAGCAUCCGUCCGCGGUGAUUUUACGUGCGAACCUACUGCUGGAGCACCAGAAAAAUAACCCAGACUGCGCCGGCGUGAUCGAAAGCAUUCUCGAGAAAAUGGAAAAGCCCAAAUCGAGUGACGACCUGCGCAAGAAGCAACAGCCCAGUGAACAGAAUCAGGUGAUCGUGUGCCUUAACAAUGGGACGUUGAAUCCCAACACGCGUUCCUGCAUCUGCAAAUCGACGUACACGGGCAAGUUCUGUGAGACCGAUGUCUGCCAAAACCUCUGCCUGCAUGGUCGCUGCGUCAUGGGACGGGACAAUCAACCGCGUUGCGAGUGCGAGUCCCCUUACGAGGGCACUCGUUGCGAUCAGAAACCGUGCGAUGGGUUCUGUCUGAAUGGUGGGCUGUGCCAGUCAAAGAAUGCGACCGAACGAUCCUGUCAGUGCGAUAACACCGACUUUACUGGACCCCGGUGUGAGAUUCCCAUCUGUAGCAAGGAUUACUGCUUCCAAGGCGAGUGUUAUGUGGACCAGGAUAAGCAACCCAAGUGUCGCUGCCCCCCGGGCUACCGGGGAAAGCGGUGCGAGGAGAACAGCUGCAAUAAUCACUGCAUGAACGGGGGCAACUGUACGCUUAACAACGAAACCGUGCCAGAAUGCCAGUGUGGGGAUGAGUUUACUGGCAAGCGCUGUGAGAUACCGGUCCGCAUCUGCGAGCAUCCUCAGUGGAAACAGCAGUGCUUGGACACUACCAAAACAUUGCCCCCGAUGGAACCGAAAGUAACGUACUGUAAGGAAUCGUUCAACCGAACGGUCGUAUAUACCUCGCUCUGUUUCACCGUGUCGUUCGUGUUGCUGCUCAUUAUCGUCCUUACCGUACACCGUAUGAUGAAACCGCCGAGACCACGCAUCACCAAAAAGAUGGUUGUCACACCGAUGACCUCUCGUCCGCCGACGACGCAGUGCGAGAUUACUAUAGAGAACUGUUGCAACAUGAACGUCUGCGAAACGCCCUGUUUCGACACGAAGCUAUUGAAAAAUUCCCCAAAGAAGGAUGACAAAGUAUACCUGCUGGAAGACAUCGAAGAUGUGGGUGGCUCCUACCGAAAGCUACAUAAUUGCGACGAUGGUAGUGAAAAGUUUAACGGCAGCGUUUGCAAAUGAGACUUGCGGGAACUCAUCGUUAACCUAAUUGCCUUCCAACGCCACUGGCAGACUUUCUACGGUCGACCAAAGGCGCAAAAGUCUGAAGCCAGUGGAAUUCUGAAGCGGAAAAACGAUUGAAUCGAACCGAUCGACCGCCAACCCGAUUUGUAGGAAGCCUCCCAGCGAACACGUCCCUCAAAGGUCGCUCGGAGCGCGAGAGAAGAGGCAAGAUCGAUAGUCGUAGUAAAUGAAUGCCGUACCGUUGCCGUGCAAAUAUUCCGCAUGAUAAAUGUGCCUGCUUUUGGGCCACCGACUCGCGACCAGUUUUGCGCAGCACGUGGGCGAUAAAGACAACCAACAACACACUGCCACGGAGAUCAUCUAUAAGCUGCAUUCGGUCCGCACUUGCCAAUACACUGGGGUUGCGUUUCUAGAUACAAAAGUUUGCGGGUUGGCCACUUUGCCGUGGCGUUACUUAAUGGACAGGCAAAUCAGCAACAAACACAGCCUUUAAAUAGACCCUUUGCGCUGCUACAAGAUUCAAGAGGGAUAUUUCGCUGGAAGUUAUUUAUUUUAUGGAAAACGGGCGUAUAAUUUCAUUUUUUCUCUUCAGCAAUCGCUUCAGUUGAAUUUGUCUUGAAUUAGAAAAGUAGUACAAAUAGUUUGCCUCACAUCUUCCGUAUGAUAAAUAUCAAUACAGGCUGGCGUAACCACAUUCUCAGCGUACUUACGUACAGUGCAGUGUCUAAAAUGACAGGUACCUAAUCUUAUCGCCACAAAUGUGAGCGGUACGGCCACUAUCCCAGCAAGUUCCUGUAUAUGUGUAAUAAGCCAUAGGAGAUAGUUCAUGCCUCAUAAUAUGCCAUAGCUUUCUACCAUUCAUUUUUGUUUCGUAGAAUAAUUUCACCUGAGGCUGCUACGUAUGUACAUGUGCACGCGUACAUAAGCGGGGCGUCAUCGAAGGGGUCAGUUUACUUAAUCACCGGUAGAAGCCACGCAGCCAAGCUGCUCUGCCCUGCUCGUUCCUGACUGUCCGUUGCAUGAAGCGUGUCGGUUGUACAUUAUCUAAACUUAAGCAUACCUCUGCUCAAACAAAAGCAAGGUCCAAACCAAGCAUAUUUCAUUACCUUUCCAUGUGCACGCCCUGAACGGCUUUUUCGUUUUCGAAAGUCAGGAAAAAUAUUGUACUUCAUCUCACCAUUUGUUUCAUUUGUUUCUGCGUACUACACAUGUGUUUGGCUUCUCGUAAUUUAUUUACUUAAUUUUUAGUUACCCAUUUUGAAGCUUCCUGAUGAAAAUCUUUGCCGCAUGUGUGAUGUGUGUUUUCUAAUGGCUGAAAACAGCUUUAGGCGAGUAACAACAACUGCACGGUCUCGAGUCCAAAAACAUAGGGAAAACAAAUGUAAACCGGUCUUCGAACCCUCAGCGAGGUGGUGUUGCGAUCGGGCGGAUACUUCGGUCAUAAGUUGGGACGAAAAUCAAACAACAGCAAAAAGCAAGAAUGCCCUUAGACAUGCAAUGAAACAGAUCUAACGCAAGGCAUUGCCUCACUAUUGGAAUGUUUAGUUUAUGGAAUAGUGGUAUAAUGGAAACUUAAAUGUUUACACUUGUAAAACGAAACCAACAAAUGAUCAUAUGAAUUGUGAUUCAGAAGGAGAAACCAUAGGUCUAAUAUCCACAUGAGAGUAUGUGAUAUUAGAUAAGUUUAUAGUUCAAAAUGAACAACUUUAUAGGUGUACAUUGAAGGGAAACGAAAAGCACUAGUAGCAAUAUUUUCAAAAAAGACUUAUU